AUGGCAGUACGCAAACCACUUAAACAAUUUACUACUCCUUUGGGAUCAGGCGCAGGCGUGCCCAAGGAUAAAAGGCCACCCAAAGUACACGACUCAGAAUCGAGAUUGGCAAAACCUUUCCAAGUGCCCUUCAAGACGCGACUGGAGACUGUAUCCGGUAUUGUAUCGCGUCGACCCGUGCGUUCAUCAAGAAAAUUCACCAACUAUGCCAUUGAAGACCUUGGAAAUGGUGCUGCAGACGAUGAUGAGAACGUCGACGGAGAUGGUGAAGUUGUCAGAUGCAAGAAAUUUGGCGCGUUGCUUCCGCGAUCAAUCAAUAGUGACGAUAGACGCAUGUACAUUGAAACCAAGUUUAAGAGAUCUUUUACCGUUCCUUUUAGUAAAGGUAAUACCAAGAAGGAUGAAAUGAUACGUGGACCUCCACCUCCGUUGGGUACCAAAGUGCGGCCCAUCAUUCCACCGCGUGCGCUUCAUGAUCCAAUGAGUGAAUUUGCUAUUGUAUUGUAUGACCCAACCGUUGAUGUCAUACCGAAGACUGCUGAGGAGGAAAAGAAGAUAGAAGAGGUGGACCUGCCUGACACGUCAAUGAACCUGGAAACAGAUGAACGGCCGGCAAAGAGAAGAAAGACGCACCGUUCCUUGGCGGAAAUAUUGGGUAUCGUGACUAAUCCUGAAACCAAGUUAGCUCAGUAUCCGGAUGUUCCUGUAGUGAUUGAUCCCAAAUUGGCCAAGAUUUUACGUCCGCAUCAAAUUGCCGGUGUCAAAUUUCUUUAUCGAUGCACAGCCGGGCUCAUGGAUCCAAAAGCUAAAGGAUGUAUCAUGGCCGAUGAGAUGGGGUUGGGGAAGACGUUGCAGUGUCUUGCUUUGAUGUGGACGUUGCUUAGACAGUCACCAAGGGGUAAGAGGACUAUUGAGAAAUGUAUCAUUGUCUGUCCAUCAUCGUUGGUUCGUAACUGGGCUAAUGAAAUUGUUAAAUGGUUGGGUGAAGGUGCAUUGACACCGUUAGCAGUUGACGGGAAAAGCACCAAGUCGAAUGAAUUGGGCACAGCUUUGCAACAGUGGUCAACUGCACAAGGAAGAAAUAUCGUACGUCCUGUUUUGAUCAUAUCGUAUGAAACUUUGAGAAGAAAUGUUGACAAGUUAGCAGGUACUGAAGUUGGGUUAAUGUUGGCUGAUGAAGGGCAUAGGUUGAAAAAUGGAGAAUCAUUGACCUUCACAGCAUUGAACUCGUUAAGAUGCGAGCGAAGAGUGAUUUUAUCCGGUACACCAAUUCAGAAUGAUUUAUCAGAAUACUUUUCGUUGCUAAAUUUUGCCAAUCCUGGUUAUCUUGGUACUCGAAACGAUUUUAGAAAGAAUUUUGAAAACGCCAUUUUACGUGGUAGAGAUGCUGAUGCUACUGAUAAAGAACGAGAAAAGGGAGAUGCAAAAUUGUUGGAACUAUCUCAAUUAGUGUCCAAGUUUAUCAUUAGACGUACUAAUGAUAUCUUGUCCAAAUACUUGCCGGUUAAGUACGAAUACGUUUUAUUCACGGGGUUGUCACCAAUGCAAAAGAGUUUAUAUCAUCAUUUCAUCACCUCGCCUGAGAUUAAAAAGUUGUUGAAGGGAAUUGGAUCGCAACCAUUGAAGGCUAUUGGUAUGUUGAAGAAGCUAUGCAACCAUCCCAAUUUACUAGAUCUACCUGAUGAUUUAGAAGGAUGUGAACAUUUAAUUCCCGACGAGUAUGAACCAUCAAUAAACGCAACUGGACGUAAUAGAGAGAUUCAAACUUGGUUUAGUGGCAAAUUUAUGAUUUUGGAACGAUUUUUGAACAAGAUCCAUCAUGAGACUGAUGAUAAGAUUGUUUUGAUUUCCAACUACACCCAAACGCUUGACUUGAUUGAAAAAAUGUGUCGCAAUAGGAAAUAUGGUGCUUUGAGAUUAGACGGUACAAUGAAUAUCAACAAAAGACAGAAAUUGGUUGACAAAUUCAAUGAUCCAAAGGGUUCAGAAUUUAUCUUUUUAUUGUCGUCGAAAGCAGGCGGGUGUGGUAUCAAUUUAAUUGGUGCUAAUCGAUUAAUACUUAUUGACCCCGAUUGGAAUCCAGCGCUGGACCAACAAGCAUUGGCUAGAGUUUGGCGAGAUGGGCAAAAGAAAGACUGCUUUAUAUAUAGAUUCAUUUCGACAGGAACAAUCGAGGAGAAGAUAUUUCAACGACAAUCAAUGAAGAUGUCGUUGAGUAGUUGUGUUGUUGACGAAAAAGAGGACGUUGAGAGAUUAUUUAGUGCUGAUAACUUGAAGCAACUAUUCCAGUAUCAGCCAGAUACCGAAUGUGAUACCCAUGAUACUUAUAAUUGCAAGCGAUGCAACAAGGAAAAAGGACAAUUUGUUAAAGCUAGGGCAAUGUUGUACGGUGAUGCUACAACAUGGAACCAUUUGAACCAUAAAAAGUUGGCGGACAAUGAGGAUGUUUUGGUUGCUAAUGAAGCUCAGUUCAAUGAUGUUUCAUUUGCAUUGCAGUAUAUAUCGCAUGUAUAG